AUGGAUGCAGGUAAAACAUUUUAUUGCGCUGCAGGAUUUCGUGAUGAUGUCAUUGAAUUUAUAUCACGAUUUACAUCAUCGGAGUCGUACAUGUACGAGGACUUCGAAGCUCUGGAUAUUACAAAAGAGCUGCUGCUGUCCAUCAAAGACUUGAAUGAAAAAAUCGGUGGGUUGUUUUUAUUAUAUAGUAUUUAUUUUUCCAUGCCGCUAAGAGGUCCCAAAAUUCGGAUCAUCAUGUCCGAGUGGGAGAAUUUGAUAGCGUUCAAAAAAUCUCUCAUUAAUCAGAAACGAUGGGACUGUGUUAUGGUGUUGAAUAAACUUCGUGGAUUAGAAAAUUACUAUGUUUUGAAAGAUUUCAUGAAAGGAAAUUCCCGACCAAUAGAAUCACAGAAAAAAAAAGUUGAACUUUUGUCAAUAUUUGACAAAGUAGUUAAAGAAGCCAGCAAUUACUCAAAAUUAAAAGACAAAUUGUCAUAUAAAUUAGGAAUUAACGCGAAUAAAGUUCCUAUGCUAUUCACGGAUGACACUUUGAAAGAAAUCGCUAAAACCGUCAAGAAUUUGGACGAGCUAGUGAAACAAAAAGCAAACAACAGUGACAAUGCGCGGCGCAGCCAGCGCACAUUUUGUCCACCUGUUCCCAAAAGUGGAGAUGAAGAUGAGAAUGAAAAAGAAGAUUCCGAACCGGAUUACCACCAGGACUCGGAUUCCAAUGACGAUGAUCCCGACUACCGGGCUAGGACUCCCGAGUCUAUUGAUGCUUUUGAUGCUGAUAGAAAUGAAAAUGUCAAUGUUGGUGGAAAUGUAAAUAAAAAUCAAGCGCCAAUGGUUAAAAUUACCAAGAUUGAUGAGUCCCAAAUGAAGAAAUUUUGUGAAGCUAGUGGUUAUCAGGAUUUUUGUGACAAACAAGUCGCCUCUACUUCUAAAAGUGAUGGUGUUAAUAAUGACUUUGAUUAUUUACCUCAUAUUAAAAUGGAGAAAACUCAUUAUGAUUCAGAUUAUUCAGAUGAGGAUUUUUCACUUUUAGAUUAUUAA